AUGUCGGAAUUGAUAGCGAAGUUCCUCCAACCAAUCCCUUCAGGAAUUUUUGGCUUGUUUCGAUCUGUCAUCAAGGCGCGAUCAAUUACCUACGAUGCCUUCCAACAAAUCCUGAACGACAAGCCAGACCCGGAAAUUGAGAGGAACAAUGCAACUCACAAACACUUCAUCGAAUCGCUGACCAAGGCUUUCAACGCUUUAGGAGGCAAGUCCUUGACAUCUCCGGCAGGCUCGAUUGGUACAAAAGACGAACAAGAUGGCGAUGUAGAUGACGCGACCUUCGAGAAUCAGUUCUCAGCGAUCCGUAUCAGUGGUGAUAGCGAUGGCGGCAACGACACCGACGUCCCAUCUGAAACCGAGUCCGCCCCGAGAGUAGGAUUGCAGAGAAGGAGAGGCAAGGGAAAAGGCAAGAAAGGCAAACGGGCCAAGAAGUCGAAGACUAAAGCCUCUUCGAAGACGAAUACGGAAGCGUCUUUGGCCGAGAUUCCCAUCGAAAGCUAUCGGAUUAUCGACGAUACCGAUGGCAUCAUCUCAGAGUACCUCUUGGCAGUGUAUGCUGUUACUAGGGAGUGGUCCGAAUUACGUUCAUGCAUACAAAGUCUCUGGUGCGAAGUGGCAUAUGAGAAACUCAAUGGCGCCGUGGCUGCUUCUGUGACAAGCAUAGCAGUUGGAAUGGUGAGACAGACAAGUAAUGCUGUGUUUGUUGACUUUCCUGGCCACGACUCAUACGAAACGAUCAUGAAGACCCUUACUCGCGGAGACCCAGAGUGGGCGCAGGGCAAUUUCGGCGUCGCUUUACAGCGCAUCUCUGCGGACGGCCAACAUACGGAAACGGUCAAGGAAACACGCGUCGACAUUAAAGAACAAAUUUGGGUCAACACAUACUACGAUCUGAUGGCAUUCUUGGACGAUUUUCAAAAAAACAGAAGUGGCAAACCUACCAAGGCCAUGCAAGCCCAGAUCGGAGACUGGGAUCCACGUUUCGACCUGCAACGUGCCACUAAUGAUGAGAGACUGAAGUGGCGCCGUGCUUACACCAUCAAUUGGCUCUACGACCUGGUCAACCUGUUUUCCUCCAUCGUGGUGCAGCGCAAUACGCUGAAGGGCGAACACCAUGUUUACGAGAACGUUAACUGGUCUCCCUCUGGUCCGUGGCACAAGCAUCGGAGGCUCUUUGGCUUGAACGAAUUUGCAGGUGAUAUCACUGGCUGGGCAAUGCAGAAGCAGAACACAAAUGUCCGCCAGAAGAUAUCACCACACCACGUGUUUCAGCUUCAAUGUAUCGUCGACUCUUUCGUCGCCUCCCGCGGUUGGACCGUGAGCAUGCUCCAUGGUCAUCUUGUUCGCCAACCUGCCCACAAGUUUCGACCACGCCGCGAUGUUGAUCUUUUUCUGGACCGUGAGUAUCAGAAAAUGGGCAGAGGGUUUCUUCAAGCCGCCCACAUCCUCAUACAAUUGCUGGCCAAAGACGCCGAGUCCCACCAGCAUUCUGGCCGACAUGAAGACGUUUCUCAAAUGCUGGAAGAAUUCAGAUUGGACUUUGUCGAAUGGCUUGGAGAAUCUAAGUACAUGUAUGGACUGGAUACCAUACCGCCUUCGCAAUUCUCGAAACACAACGCGAACGGCUUGUGGGAAUAUUCGCCUCUCUUAUGCGCAGCGGGCUUGGUCGAAGGUCUCGUUCUCUCGCAACGCAUCUCAAUGCUCAUGUGGGACCGAAUGACAGAACCUUUGCUGGUGAUCCAUCUGCAUAAUCUCCUUGUUCAGAGGAAAUUUAUCAAGCAGCCUAUCGGUUUGUAUGCCACUCUCGAGAGCUUACUUGAAGGGUCCUUCUUCCCCGACGGCGUCCCCAAGUCUGACUUCUAUGAGGCUCUGGUUAAGCGAGUCCAAGGGGUCAAAAGUCGAAAGCUGUCACGUCAACGGCAAGCAAUGUCAUCGACCAUAGCACAGAUAAACGACAUGCACAAACUGAUGGACAUCAACUCGAACACCUUCUUCCGAACCAAGUCUGCCCUGAUGAAGUACUAUGACGCAGACUGGGUGCCGGACCGUAUUCCUGAUAAUGAGAUCACCUUCGCGUCGAUGCUCGGCCAACUACGCUUGGUCGAGACGAAGCAGGCAGUUGAUUCCAGCACUGGCAAGAAACGUCUGGAAGCAACCGAGCUUGUACAGCGGUUCAGAGCUCAGGGAAUUAACGAGGCGGAUCUCACCCAGGCAGCGUCUUUCGAGAAAUAUAAGGACUACAAGCAGGAUUAUAGGUCGAAAUUCAAGCCAUACGCACAGAAGAAGAGCAAGUUCUCGACUGGUAGAAGCUUGCUCGAUCUGCUUCGCGUCGACCUGUUUGCGGACGUAUGCGGUAUGAACCCGCUGUCAAGCAUCAAUUACCUGUGGGUAACGGUGCACUUCAUGAUUCUUUUCGACAGGCUUGAGAAGCGAUUGCGAGAGGUGCGAAACCCACUCUAUAUCAGAACAUACGAGCACGCCCCUGCUAGUAUGCGGCGCUCCAGGAGGCCUGCUCUGAUCAUGGCAAUGAUGAAAGACGAGGAUCCUGACACACUGAAGCUAUGUGCCGAAGUCUUCCAAGAUCCAAGGAUGGGUAUUAUGGGUUUCAUCUUCUGGGAGGACCUACGUGAGAGUGAGUCAGGCAUCAAAAAGACUGAAGUAGAGCCUGAUGAUUUAAGCUCCGAUAUGUGUUCGGUGAUGUAA